AUGUCGCUUUCCGAUUCCUCGUCUUUAUCAUCGGCGCCACCAACUGACGAUGAAUCCGUGUCAUUGACAUUCGAUACAACUGCCCCAAUUACCAAAUACUUCAAGCAGGAGACACCACCGCCGCCCAAACGUCCUGCGUCGCCUCCACAUGAAUAUGUGUUAGCUGACAACCAAGAUGUUGCUUUCAUUGUCAUGUUUCGCGCGCGCUUUAGCGAUGCCCUCCCGAAAUUGCUUCCGCAUUACGGCCCGCAAGACAUUGAGAGAGGAGUUCAGGACACAACACCUGGGGAACACGUCGAGAGGCUGCUAUGCGCUUUGAUUGGCCUCGUGCUCAAUCGCAAGAAAGAUGUUGAGAAAGGCCACUACCAGAGAGCCUUGGAAGAGGCGGUUCAGACACAUUCUUCGCAGUGGCCGAGGGCUUGGGGAGGGAAAAAUCCUCUGCAUGGAGGUGGCUCAUUUAAUACCAUGUCGCCUGAGGAGCGGCUACGCCUUCUGAAAGCUCUCAUACUCUGGUCGUUGUCUUCCUCUGACGCGAUCCAGGCGAAGAUCAAGGAAUCCUACAAACAAGCGCGACAUGAGGACGACCUCAACCAGCCUUUAUCAGUGCAACCUUGGGGCAGAGAUGAGAUUAAACGACGAUAUUGGUUGAUAGAGGGCCAGGACGAUACACACUUUCGCCUUUAUCGAGAGAGUAAUCCGGCAUUGAAGACAAAUACGUGGUGGAGCGUGGCAGGCACGAUCGACGAAAUACGCACCAUCGCCGAGAAGCUCUCACUGGAAAAGUCGUUGAACUCUAAAAAGCUCAGUGAAAGAAUCAUGAAUGCAAUUCCCCGAUUUGAAAGUGGUGAAGAGAAACGGAAGCGACGUGAUUACCGACUGGCACGAAAAGUUGCAUUCACGCGACCAGAGCCUGGGUUUUCUCUUUACGAGGGCCGCACUCGUGGAAAGAAGCUCAAGUAUACAUAUUCUGACGAUGAAGAUAUUUUUUCUGACGGCUUACCCUCCACACGUCGUUCUACACGGAAUGUAUCUGGUACAACAACUCCGGGUGAAUCUUUGGGACCGGUUUUUACAGCCAGUGGACGUCAAGUCAGAGCUCGCGCUGGAGGAAUGUAUGGUGAAUCCAUGCUUAGUGGACAACGGAAAGAAGAUGAGGACGAUGACGAUGACGAACCCGCCCAACCUCGCACGCGUGGUCAGGCAAACGGUCAUGGAGCAAAUUACGUUGACGAUACAAGUGACGAAUCAGACGCCGCUUCCAGCUGGAAAGGCGAUGACGAAUCACAGAACGAAAACGAUUUCGAAGGUGAUGACGAAGAUGAGCCGAGUGAGGAUGAGUCGAUGCUGGACGUUGAUGAUGGCAAGCAGCAUAGCCUCGUUGUACACUUGCAUUACAGAAAAGCAAAUAAAGACUUGAUCCCGAUCCAUGAGCGGAAGAUUUCCCCUACGGCUAUCAAUCUUGCACCUGAUCCAGGCAAUAUCCAAGUUACUGUGGAAUCUAAAGAUUCUGUCGACAAAUACGCCACGAAGAGUGAAUCGAUUCCAGAAGCUGCUGAUCAACGAUCGCUAGAAAAUAGAAAUCAAAGAUAUAUCGUGCCUACUCCACAAUAUUCGCAUCCCGAGGACUCGAAAGAAAAUAUAUCGACCACUGAAGAUCACAUGAAGCCUGAGGAAGCCAGCGCGAGAACCACCUUGGAAUCCUCUAUUCCACCACUUAACCCUUCUCGAAUUCAAAAUGGCGGCGAAUAA